CAAGAUGUGUAUAUGAAGCUAGCCAGUCAUUCUCAUCAGACAUUGUUACGUGCUGGCAGGAUAUGCUGCAGAAUAAGACAGUCAAGUUUUAAAACAUUUAAUUUGUUCAUCUAGAAACAUUGUUAACAAUUUCUACAAGAAAUUUUUUUUAUAGCUAUGACACUUUAAUGGGUGUUAUAACGUGUCCCAAAUUUGAUAAAAACUGCCUUGCAUUUGUUUACUGAGAGAAAAUAACUCAAAAAUGACUACCAAAUCAUCUGACACAAAAGAGGAAAGUGAAAUAAAAAGGUUGUCUAAGACAUCUUUAUCCGGAUCAUAUUCUCCUUCUGUUAGUGAAAAUGAUGUGCUUGACAGGUAGGUUACAAUUUCUCAAAAUUAAAAGUACAGUUUUUAAGGCUAUUCUUAAAAUUUUUCUAGAAAGUAUGAUGGUUUAUAAAAAAAAAGGUCCACUUUCAUGGCUAACAGACAUUUCUUUGUUGUUUGUGAAAAUAACCUUUCAAUGUGUGAGGCUGCUAUGAAAAUUAUGCCACCUUCUUAAUCACAUAAUUGAAGAGAGGAUUCUUUUACUAUUGUUUUAUGCACAGCAUUGUAAAGUGUGUGUCCAGCAAAGGAAUGGAAAAUCCUAGCAUCACCACUUUGAUGGAGAUUAUUUGAAGGCCAUUGCAAAAACCAAGAUGGCAAAAAUCUGAAUAGUUCAUGAUCAAACAGUUGGACUUUUUUUUAAAUUAAAACUUCUAUAAUUUUUUAUUUCAAUUUCAUUAUUGACCUUGUUUUGUCACAAGACGUUUAGUUUGUUCCCAUUGACCUUGGGUCAACUAAAUAGGAAAGCUCAAAUUUUCACGAGAAAGAAUGUGACUUAAGUGUCAGCAGUUCUAUGAAGCUGGUUCUUGACCCUCUCAACUUUCCAUACACUGGAUUUACUAAGUCCACAAUUCUUAAUUCCCAACUGCUUCAGCAUCAUUCCGCAUAAUAUAACAUUUUAGCACACUAAAUUGAAAUAGAUGUUGAUGAGUUUAGUUUCUUUAGAGGAAGUAUCAAUUGUAAUACUUGUUAUAGAGCUUCAAAUGUCAAAACUUCUGAAUAAAGCAGGCAUCUGUGGAACUGCACUUGGCUGGUUUUCUUCUUAUCUGACUGACAGGACUCAGCUUAUUGUAGUGAAUCAAGCAUCUUCCAUGGACACUUCACUUACCUGCGGCAUGCCACAGGGCUCAGUUUUAGAACCUAUCCUAUUCUCCAUUUACCCAGCCAGCUUGGAAGAAUUAUUGAAAGUUAAGGUAUAUCCAGCAAAUUAUUUGCGGAUCACAUGGAAAUGUUCAAGAGUUUCCGCCCUGAACCUUUGGACUAUGCUGCUGCUGUGCAAGCUGUCGAGGAUUGCUGUCUUGUGGUGAAAUCAUGUCAUCAAACAGAUUUAAAUUAAAUAAUAAAUAAUAAUAAAGUUCAUUUCAAAAACACGCUUCAUCCCCAAAGUCUCGAUGCGCAGUACAAAGUCAACAAAACACAAGUCUAUAAUUUACCACAUUUAAAACAAACGCAACACUACAAAAACUAAUUACUAGCAUACAAUUGCAAAGUCUUUCUAGCCAUUUCAACCCCAAGCAACACAGCCAUUAUGCAUUAACUGGAAAAUAAGGUUGACAAUCAUCCCAGAAAGUGUUUGCGAAAUAGGUGUGUCUUUAAAUUGGUUUUAAAGGACUCCAGUGUCUGGUUGUUUCUGAGAUCGACAGGAAGGGCGUUCCAAAUUGUUGGACCAGCAAAUGCGAAAGUGCGCUUUCUGUAAGUCUCAAGGCAAACACGUGGUGUUGAGAGUUUGCCACUAUCGGAUGAGCGGAGCUCUCUAGUGGGUACAUAAGAAAGAGGCAAUCAUAUGUGGUUCUGAUGUCGAUAAUCGGAAGGUUGUUAUUUCUUCAAUAAAAGUUGGUUCUUGUAAGAUUCCCUUGUCUAACAUGAUUAGAGACCUUGGCUUCUACACUGACAGCAAGCUUACUAUGAUCCCUCAAAUCAGUUCUGUGGUUGGGGCUUUUUUUUCUGUCAUCUUCGUGCUCUGGGUCAGCUGUGUCCUCAACUUAAUAAGAGAACAGCCAAUGCUGUAGCAAUAACUCUAAUCAAAUCAAGAUUAGAUUACUGUAACAGUUGUUUGUGGGGUUUCCCUCAAAACCAAAUUCACAGGCUCCAGAAGAUACAAAAUACUGCAUCACGCAUUGUAUCGCUUAUAAUGAAAUCUAAUCACACCACCCCAUUUCUUAAAGAUCUCCAUUGGCUUCCUGUGAGUAAGCGCAUUGAAUACAAAAAUCUGUUUGUGGCGUAUAGCUGUAUAGAAGGCUCUGUACCUGUAUUUCUUCAAAAACUGAUUUCUAAAAAUGUAUUCAUACAGAACCUGUGCUCUUCAACACAGUUCUUACUGGGAGUUCCUAGUGUGGAUGGACACAGAAAGAAGUCAUAUGGGGUGCACUCUUUUGAAGCUGUUGCGCCUAAAUUGUGCAACAGUUUGCCUUAAUCUUUGAGGGAACUUGAAAAUGAUAAAAAGUCACUAAAGACAUUUUUUAAAAAAAAAUAGAUUUUAGGACAUCAGAUCCCUGUGAGCAUGCUAAAAUAGCAUGAAACAAGCACUAUAAAAGUACUCAAUCAUCCUCAUCAUCACCUACUUAAAAAUUACAUUUACAAUGAAUUUUUUUUAAAGUGGUUUUAUUUUUUCUCUUUAGAAACAUUUCCUCAUUUUCAUCUAAUUUGACGGCUUGGGGCUUUUAUCUUUAACAGAAUGGUGGACCCAUAUGGCUUUGAGAGGACACAAGAAUAUGACUUUGAAUCUUACGAACAAUUCAUGUCUACAUACUUGUCUAUACUUGCCAGGAGGGCCUCAAGAUGGAAAGCAAAUUUUGAUGAUAAAACUAAAUUUACAAGAUCAUUAAAAUGUAAAUAUUUUGUUUAUCUUAAGAGACAUCUAAAUUUUUUUUAGACUUCUACUAAUGUGUUGGAAACAAGAUGACGUUAUUAAAGUUUUAAUUUUAAUUACUCUAUCCCCAAGUUUGGUGAUCAAAUAAGAUGUCAAACGUAUUUUCAGAUAUCGUCUUAUUACAUACAUAAUAAGAAAUACUCAUAAUUAAACCAGAAAUUAAAAAUUAACUUUUUAGACAGGUCAGUGCUAUAACUUUAAUAUUAAUAUAUAAACAAUAAUUAUUGUAACUAAAAUAAUAUAAUAAAUCUAUAAUUAGAAAAACUUGACUAUCUAAAAUUAAAUUAACAAUUAAUGAACAUACAAUAAUUAUUAAAAUCAUUAAAUAUUUCAAAGUUGGUUAAAUCUAUUGAAAUAAUAUCCUAUUUUUUUCCAGUGAAACGUUUUUGUAGAAAAGGAAUUCCUGGUGACCUCAGGCCAGAUGUAAGUAUUUAUUGUUAUUAAGUAAUAUCACAAGAUUGUAGGAUUUAUAUGAUAUAAUUAUCUACAACAUCUGAGACAAAUAGCAAAAUAUAUAUACCCACUUCUGUGCAAUUUAAAACCAUGUUUUUAAACAAUUAAUCUUGCUCUAUCCUGUACUAGAGUGGUGCCCUUUAAAAGUGUGUCAUCCUUUAAAAGUGUGUCAUCCUUAGAAAGUGUGUCAUCCUUUAAAAGUGUGUAAUCCUUGGAAAAUGUGGUGUCCUUUGAACCUGUGUCAUCUUUUGAAAGUGUGGUGUCCUUUACAAGUGUUGUGUCCUUUCAAAGUGUAUUAUCCUUUGAAAGUUUAGUAUCUUAUGCUAGGUUCGUAUCCUGAUACAUAGUAUCCUAUGAUAGUUUGGCUAGGUUGGCAUCCUGUUACAUAGUGGUAUCCUACGUUAGUCUGGUGAUCUAAGACAGUGUUUGGCAAACUCAUUAGUCAAAAGAGACAAAAAUCUAUUCAAGAACCUUAUUUUUGGAGUCAAAAUCAUUUUGUGGAUGACUGGCCGAGCCACACUCAAGUCGCUAAAGAGCCACAUGUGUCUCGUGAGCUGCGAUUUGCCCACCACUGAUCUAAGAUAAUGUUGCAUCCCAAGACAGUGUGGUAGCCUAGUAAGAGAUAAUAUUGUGCUGUUUGAUAGUACAAUAAUUUGUUUAUCUGAUUCAAGGUCUGGAUCCAAGUCAGUCAAGCAGUGAAGAGAAUGUCAGCUGACCCUCAAAAAUACUCAAGACUUAGAAGUCAACAAACGGAUCCAGCUGUGAGUGAUUCAAUUCUCUUAGGUAAAGGAGUUUUGGACAUUGUCAUUGCUUAAUAUGAUGUUCAGUGCUUUUUAUCCUCCAAGUCAAUAAAGACAAACAAAAAACUAUAAUGUAAUUUUCAAUUGUUACCUGCUUCAAGUAGACGUGUUAGUAAAUGACCCAGGAUCAUAUUUUACUAUUGUUCCCCUUGAAACAAUGUGCUUUAAGUUAGACAUACAAGCAGUGUGUUUUAAUUGAGACAUACGCAAUGUGCUUUAAGAGAGACAACAUACACAAUGUGCUUUAAGUGAGACAUACACAAUGUGCUUUAAGUGAGACAUACACAUUGUGUUUUAAUUGAGACAUACACAAUGUGCUUUGUGAGACAUACAAGCAGUGUAUUUUAAUUGAGACAUACACAGUGUGCUUUAAGUGAGGCAUAUUCACAAUGUGCUUUAAUAAUAAUAAUAAUAAAGUUUAUUUGAAAAAAUCAUGCUUCAUCCCCAAAGGCUUCACGCACUGUACAAAGUCAACCACAUUAAAAGAGAAAUGAAACAAUCUAUAAUUUACCACAUUGAACGCAAAACGCAACACGCAACAUUACAAAAACUACAAAUGAGAAUACUCAUUCAAAGUCUUUCAUCCCUUGCAACCAUAAACAACAAAAGCCAACAUACAGCUAGGAGAUAAUAACUAGCUGGAAAAGAUGGUGUUUGCGAAAUAGAUGUGUUUUCAAAACGGUUUUGAAGGAUUCCAGUGUCUGGCUGUUUCUGAGAGCGUCAGGAAGGGUGUUCCAAAUUGUUGGCCCAGCAAAUGCAAAAGUGCACCUUCCGUAAGGCGAACACGUGGUAUCGAGAGUUUGCCUCUAUCGGAUGAGGGGAGUUGUCUAGUGGGUACAUAAGGCGUCAUGAUAGGACGGUGCCAGGUCAUGCAAGCAUCGGUAGCACAGAGUAGCAAAGCAUGUUAAUGUGAUUUUCCAUAGUUAGUGUUCUGUCAAAGUAGACACCCAGGUUUCCCACUGUGUGAGCAAACUCAAUCUGCACACCUGAGAUAGUAAGGGAUGGUGUGUUAUUUACAGAUUUUAGCUUUUGAGCAGUAGCAAUGGGGAUCAGCUCUGUCUUUUCAUCGUUCAAUUUGAGCUUGUUCAUGGUCAUCCAGUGCUGACUCCACUGUCUUCUGUGUCAAACUAAGAAGCUGAGGGAACUGGGGGGGGGGGGGAUCACGGAUCACUGAAGUUGGGUAUCAACCACGAACAUGUGAUACAGCAUAUCAAACUGCUUGAUCACUGCACCCAGGGGCUGAACGUACAAAGUGAAAAGCACUGGGGUACUUCAAAUCAAAUAAUAGAUUGCCUCGAGGUCAGGCCGUUUGUGAUAACUGAUUGGACCCGAUUUGUCAGAUGCAAGCGCAACCAUCUCAGGGCGGUAUCUGUGAAACCGAACCUUUUUUGCAGUAUGCAGUGGUCAAGCGUAUUGAACGCUGCCAAUAAAUCAUGUAACGACAAAAGUGAUAUCUUGCCCUCACCACAAGAUGACAGAAGGUCACGUACGACGUGCAAUAUGGCUGUCUCAGUAGAGUGAUGUGCCCUGUAUGCUGACUGGAAAGCCUCAAACAAGUCACACUGAGUGGGGUGAUCCAGGAGCUGGCAGAGAACAACUUUCUCUAAAAUUUUGAAUUUUCCAACAUAUUUGGGUCGCGAUUUGCCUUCUUUAGCAGUGGAGUUACAACCGCCUCUUUAAAAUAGGACGGAACAAUACCAAUUUUAAAAGACUUAUUUAUGAUGUUAGUUAUGAUAAGGACUAUUUCAUGGUAGACUGGAGCGGGGCAAUAAUUUUCCAACACAUUAAGGUCAAGAUUUGCCUUCUUUAGCAGUGGAGUUACAACCACCUCUUUAAAAUAGGAUGGACCAAUACCAGUUUUCAAAGACUGGUUUAUGAUACUAGUUAUGAUAGGGACAAUUUUAUCCAAACAUUCAUACAACAGCCCUGCCAGAAGAGGGCCUAGCAAACAUGACUUUCUUGGGGAGUCAAACAGGAUUUUCUUCACAUGCGAUUCAGUGACAUCCAAAAAUUUGCUCAUAGGAUUGCCGUUAAAUGGCAAGAAUUUGGGAGUAUCGGUGCAAAUGUCAAGUCUCCUCCUGAUCUUCGUAACUUUUGAAAUAAAGAACUCAUUCAGAGGGUCUGGCAGCUCGCCUACGGCAAUGCUAUUUGGCAAAGAUGUGUCUUUCUGUUUACUGGGUCAGCUGACCCUCCAUAUGAAGUAGGUCCCUACUUGAGCUGCAAUCUACAUUUUGGUGACUGACAUGGGACCAACUUCUUUGUUGGUUCCUUGUGAUCAAAAAAGAUUGGUCGGUGCAUGGUCAAGCUAGACUUCCACCACUUGCGUUCUGCACGUCGCUGCUUCUGCUUUGCAACCUUUAUUUUGGGCAUGAACCAUGGAGCGGAAGGGCGGUCCGUAAUGUGCCGUGUGGACAGGGGCACGUGUUUGUCUAAAGUGAGUCUGAGGCCACUGUUGCAGUCUGUUGCAGGGUCUUCUUCACGGCACCUGAUGGCGGUGACGUCACACCUGAAGGCCACUAGAUCUGUCUUUUGGAUGUGACUGUGCGCAGAAGGAUUCCUGGCUUCCUCAAGUCAAAAUCAAAGGUUACUGGGAAAUGAUCAGAGAUCAGUUUGUUCUCAAUAAUGAGGUUGCGAAUCAUAGCUGCACAGUCCUCUGACAACCAGCCAAUCUAGGAUGUGACCACCGUUUCAGUGUCAGGACACUGACAAGCUGAGUCAUUCCAUGUGUGUCAAGAACUGAUUUUAGGGUCUUCACAUAGCUGUUGGUGGUGGAAUCAAAAUGGCAGUUUGUGUCGCCGAUUAUGAUGACGUUGUUGUUGGUGGAGGCGUACAUGUCCUGGCGUUGUAUAAACUCAGCAGUAAACUGACAGAUCUUCAACUUAUUCUGCUUACUAGGAGGUGUUGCCUGUAUGUGCAUAGAAACGUCAUCACUUGGUCACCAUAAUUAAGUUGCAAGACAUUGCUAAGUUAUUUUAUUGUUGAGUGUUUGUUUUGUUAAUCUCUCUCUAUAUACAUUCGAUAUGAUUUUUAUUUUCAGACAUCCACCGCACAUUUCCAGAAAAUGUUUUCUUCAGUCAGCUUGGGACCCCAGGGUCCUUGAGGGUGCCUUUACAGAAUGUUCUAGAAGCCAUUUCUUUGAGCAAUCCACAUAUUGGAUACUGCCAGGUAGAAAUUUACAUUAGUCCAGGUUUGCGGAUUUCACUAUGUGAAACUUAUGAAAAUAUGUACUAUGGUGGUUUUAAAGUUUUAAAAAAUCUCAACUAUGAAGCUAUGAAGUCUGUUACAUUUUCAAUGAAGCUGAAUAAAAUGUUUUAUUAGAGGGAUCAUACUGUGACAUUUGAAAUCAACAGCUUCUUAAAAAAUUGAAAAACUUCAAGCAUAAAUUGAAAUGUUUUUUCAACAGGGGAUGAAUUUCAUAGCUGGUCUGCUGCUGUUGGUUGUGAAGUCAGAAGAGAAGGCUUUCUGGCUGAUGGAUACUUUAAUACAAACAAUUCUGCCAGGUGAUCAAUUUUUUUUAAAAACCAAUUUUUUUUUUUGGCUUGAAGACCUAUAAUUAGUUAUUUUAAAAGUGUAUCUGGACAGGUGAUUUAAUCCAACACUCAGUUCAUUGCUGUCUCUAGGAUUCAGUGCUUGAGUUUGUUUUUUUAAUUUAGGGCUUACUUCCUCCCUAAGAAUAGCUAACUGGCUGUGUCUAUUUUCCCAUAGUGUAGUACCACCCAAGAUGAACUUGAACCUGCCACCUCAUGCUUGUGAGUUUAUAUGGACCAAAAAGACUUCUGUAUGCCUUCCAAUGCCUAAUAUUUCACAUCCUCCAUAAUCAACCGUCACCUUUUGUGCUAACUAAAACCCAAGUGCAUUGUCUGGUAUGCCCUCCAAUUAUGAUAUCAAUUGUUUCAACUGAUCUUAUUGAGAUCUAAAAAAAACAUAAGUUUUAUUUUUGAGUUAAAUUUUUUUUUUUAAUUACUGUAUUUUCUGCUGAAGAAGGCAUCUUGCCAAAACUACAUUUAAUUGUCUGUCUUUUCCUUUGAAGCCUAAACAUAUCUUGUUUCACUAUUUAUAUACUUCAAUUUAUUCAGUUGCUCCAUAAUCCACUGUCACCACUUUGUGCUAACUAAAACUCAAGUGCACUGUCUGGUAUGCCUAACAAUGAUCAGCUAAGUUAUAUCACUUACUCUGUAAUCUACCGACACCAUUUUUGGUAACUUAAACUCAAAUGAACUCAGUCUGGUACCUCAUUUAGAACAGUGUUUCCCAAACUAACUUUUCUAUACUCCCUACGAAUCAUUUGGCCCAGUCUGGCACCCCUUGCAAAAGUAAAAUACAUUUUGAAGAAGAAAAAAUGGAUCUAUCAUUUUGAAAAAUUUUGAAUGGCUAUGAACUUUGAACUUUGACAACAAACUUACAUGGAACUCAGUUUUUCUGGCACCCCCUGGUGUAAUCAUGUCAGGGUGGGAAAUGUGAAGUCAGUGAAAAGAAACCAUUACUAAAUUUGGGAUCAUUUCCCUUAGCUGGACGACUGAUGCUCAACAAAAAUACAGGAUACAGCCACAGAUUUGUGUUAUAAUUAUCUUGACCACAACCUGGAAAACAGACAAUAGGAUCCUGAUUGCUCUCCACUCUUCACAAUUUAAUCUUGAUUCCUUCCCCCUGCUCACAAUUUAAUCUUGAUUGCUCUCCCCUGAUCACAGUUUAAUCCUUAAUGUUCUUCUCUGUUUACAGACUACUAUGCGCCAGACAUGAUAGCUAUCAAAGCUGAACAAGAUCUUCUGGGCGAGGUUGUCAAGUAAGAUUUAACUUUAUACACUGUUAUCUUUGUCCAAUACACAUGAGAUAUUUUGUGACAUCAAGGUUACUGUUCCUAACUUUUGGGGAUGGAAGAUUUGACAUACCGGUAUUGGACUUUUGAAUAUGAUAACUAAAUAAUUAGUCCUGUGAGCAAAUCUGAUGGUGAUAUAAUAUAAUUUAAAAUAUAAUUUAUAUUUAAACUCUUGCUUUGGAUUGACUUGUAUAUAUAAUAUAUAUAUAUCAUCAUCAAUAGCACUACAGCCCAUUUAGUGCUCUGGCUUUCUUCACCACAUCCUUCUACUCUUACUGAUAAAUGGCCUUUCAUCUCCAUGCAACGGACCCCUAGCUGAUAUAAAUGAGUUUGCUUACAAUAUAUGAAAAUUGAUAGCAUCAAUCCAUUACAAAUCUUUAAAAUUCAACUGUUGUGAAAAUGACAGAUCAUGAUAAAUGAAUACAUUGAAUUGUCAGACAUUUGGAAUUAUUGUAAUAAAGUUGAAGUUAAUGUCCUUUGCGUCAGGUGGAAGCUCCCAGAGCUGCACGCUCACCUGGAAGCUCUUGGUGUCCAGUGGUGUCUUGUUGGUAUGAAAUGGUUCAUCUGUCUGUUUGCUGAUGUCAUGCCUGUUGAGGUACCCAUUUUUUUCCCAUUGUAUUUAUUCAAACCUCAUGGUUUGAUUGAAGGCUUAAAGUUAAAAACUACAUACAUCUCAAGAAAACAUUUUCUUUCCUUAUGUAUUGAUUCAUAUUUUGCUUUGACUUGAUUAGAGGUUCCAAUGUCCUUUGUACCUUUAUUGGCUGUCCAAUCUCAUUCUUACAAGGGAGCGCUUGCAGAUUUGUGUUUAAACUCUGAACGUAUGAAAAUUUAGACUUGUUCAAAGUAAUUUUUUGGAAUUAAUUUGAGCAAUUUCUUGAUUUUUUAUAAUAAAUAAAAUUAAACACUUUCACUGUGCAUACUUUUUAUUAAAGACAAUUUCCUUUAAAAUUUAUUUAAAAGUAUUUAAAUCUUAGCUUUUCUAAAAUAAAAUUCAAUCAAAAAUUAGUUCAGUUCAAUAAGAAAUCAAAUUAACUUGGCUUUCAGACCAAACUAUCACAUAAUAUCUACCAGAAUCAUUUUGUGUUUUUUUUUUUUAAUAUAAAAAAAGGGGGUUAGUAAUGAAGCCAUUUGUUUUAAAAAAUGUUUUGUGUUAUCUCAUGUUCAGACUGUGAUGAGAAACUGUUCUGUGUUGUCUCAUGUUCAGAUUGUGAUUAGAAACUGUUCUGUGUUAUCCUCUGUUCAGACUGUGAUGAGAAUCUGGGACUGCCUCUUCAUGGAAGGAUCUAAAAUUCUGCUACGAGUGGCCCUGACAUUGAUAACACUUAACAAAGACCGUCUUCUGAAGUGCACAAACUUCCCACAGGCCGUGGAUGUCUUCAAAGAUAUUGUUAAAGAUCCUGUUACUCUGGAUUGCCAUUCAUUUAUGCAGGUAACUGUUAGGUCAGGUACUGCCAUUCUGUUAUGCAGGUAACUGCCAUUCAGUUAUCUAGGUAACUUUUAGGCCAUGAACUGCCAUUCAGUUAUCCAGGUAACCAUGAGGCCAUGCACUGCCAUUUAUUCAUUUAUUAGUCUUCUAAUCAUCUUUCUUCCUGAAAUUUAUUUGACAGCCUCUCUUCAUUUUCUCUGUCUCUUCUUUGUAUUGCUCGCUAAGUCUUGUCUCAUCUGAUGCUUGGGAAAAUUUAGUUCUUGUAAGUGAAAUUAUUCCCUUCUAUUGACAGAGUAUAUUCACAGUGACAGGGUCCAUGCCAAGGUCCAAACUACAAGCCAUGAGAGAGAAGUGUGUCCGGCAAACCAUCCAGUCUUAGGUGAUUACUCUGUACUUGAGCUCCGACAUAACAAUCCCCCACCCUAUAUUUAUUUUUGUAGGUUUGGGAGAAACAUGAUUGAACUGUUUCAUCAUUUUAGGAAUUAAUUAAUUGACUGAUGUUGGGCACUUGGUGAACACUAAUCCUUUCUUUGAUAAUAGACCUUUAGUAUUUUUGUAUGCAUCAUGUAGUGAAAAAUAUUUCAAAAAAGUAAAAUACGAUUAAUUUACAACUUUCUCAAAUUGAAGGGGACCUGUCAUCUGUAAUAUUUAUUCUCAAUUAUGGAUAGUCCUCACUUAACGACAGAGUUCAGUUCCUAAACCUAGUUUGUUUACCCAAUUACUCCUUCAGCCAGGAGCUUUAUCACUUUGAUUUAUUCUGAUGAGAGUAAUAUUAAAAACACAUAAGAGUAAGACAUAAAUUUGUUUUAUAAUUUGGGGGGGAGAGUACCCCAAAGCCUGUGAGCUAGUAAUAAUUAUUCCAAAUGGGCUGUUGAACAGGUCUAUCAUUAAGGUGAGUGAGGAGUACAUGUGAAAUAAACAGCUUAUGUACCAAAAUGGUUUUAAAACAACAAUAAGAUAUAUUUACUUCUUUCACUGUGCUUUAUUAUUAUUUAGUAUUUAAAAUUAAUUGUGGUCUAUCAUUAAGGUGAGUGAGGAGUACAUGUGAAAUAAACAGCUUAUGUACCAAAAUGGUUUUAAAACAACAAUAAGAUAUAUUUACUUCUUUCACUGUGCUUUAUUAUUAUUUAGUAUUUAAAAUUAAUUGUGUUCACAAUGCCAAUGUUUUUUCUUCAUUUUGUUGAUUCAGAUUUCUCCUCUAAGCUCAAACAUUCAAUAGUUGUGAGUUUGUUUCACUUGGUUGACAUUUGUUUUGUUUUUUUAAAUUUUACCCUUAAUUUAAGUUUCUUUAGGAUAAACAAUGUAAUUUUAUUGCUUAUAUUUGUUUAAAUAACAUUUUGUAUUGUUAAUUUUGGGACCAAAUUAGAUUCCAGUUUGUAAGUUAAUUAAUUUUUUAAUAAAAUAAAUUAUUUUAUUAUUGUGUAAAACAAUAAUAUGUGCCAAUUUAUGUGAUGUAAAAAAUAUUCCCCUUCAUGUGCAAUAAUAUUCAUUUUUUUUAAAAAUAUAUUGUUUUACAUUUAUAUUUCUGAUAAAAACUUGAUAUAAGGGAAAGCUAACCAAUAUACAAUUUUUGAAUGUAAUAUAACAUGACUUCUGUAAUGUUUGCUUAGAGUAAAGUGCUACAUGUAUGCUGAUUGUUAUAUGUUGUAUGUAUGUUUAUUUAUUUUCUGUAGGUCCUGACUGAGUGGGGCCGUGUGUGCUGCAAGACUAUUAUUAGAUGGCCAUCCAUUUUUUUUUAAAUAAUCAGCCAUCCUGUUUAAACAGGAGUCCAUUUAAAAAAUGAACAUAAAAUAACAUUGAGAGCUGAGCAAACUCUUGCUAUUAUUGCACCCUCAAUAGAUUGGAUUCAACAGGAUCCUGGUGCAGGCUUUGUAAUAAUAUUGUUAAAUACUUGAAACGGAAACAAACGGAAAGUUGAAAAGAAGAAAUUGAAUUUAACAAGUUACAUCAAAUUGUGAUUUAAAUCACAUCCCUGAGUGUUGAUUACAUUUUUUAGCAGCACUAAAAUUAUUAAAGUAGACCUGCAUAAUUUAACACAAAAACUGAAAUUAUGGGCAUGUAUUAGUUUUAAUUUUUUAGUGUUCACAUUAUUAAAUGACCAUUACCAUUGUCCUGUCAGUAUUAUUCUUGUGUUGUAAUUAAAUUUUAUUUUAUAAAGAAGUAAUCAUUCCAUAUCUUUUAAAAAAGUUCAUUUUAUUAGGCUCAAAAGUUAUCUAUGGAAUUUAUCUAUAAAACGUGUGAUAAUAUGUAUCUAAUUUUCUUUGUUUUUUUUGGUUUUGAAUGCUUGCGUUAUUUUGAUUUUGCAUUUUCAUCAGUUAGACAUUGGAAAUGCAUGACGAAGUUCAAUUUUAAUAUAGGUCAGUAUGCUAUUAAUAUUUACUGAAACUCAGAGUGUUAGAGCUCAAAGUGGAGAACAGUUGUGAUUAUAAAAAAUGCUACUAACAAAAUUUUUUUAAUUGUCCAACAUUUUAUGAUCCAUUUUUAUGUACAUUGGCAACUUUACAUAUUGCGUUUAUUGGAAGAUUUAUGGUAAUAAAUGUAAAAGCUGUUUACAUACAGUGAGUCAGGGGAGAAAUACUGGUUGGUCAAAUAGUCACUCUUACUGUCCUCGUCCAGUUGUAAAAAAGUAAAAAAAAGGUAACAUAAGGCAGAAUGUUUGUCAAAGCUUGAAAUGGAGAAAGACAAAUGUGUCGACUGAAGGCUUUUUUUUCAGCUAUAAGCAGGGAAAUGUACAAAUUACAUUAUAAGAAAUUCUACGUGAUACUAGGAAAGAUCUUGAUGUAAGAGAAAUCGGGCGAGGAAAAGUUUGGUCAAUUGAAAGAAUGAAGUUGGUUGAGAAAAGUGACAGUUUUCCAACACUGUGGAUAAGCCUAUUCAACAGGCUUGUGCUUUAGAUUUAUAUAUCCAUGUGACAUGCAGAACUUGGUUAUUGAAACUUGUAUACUCCCAAAUAUUUUUGAGAACCAUUCAGUUGCCUAUCUGUCAAAAUAUGGCCAUGAAUUUAUCAUCACUCGUUUUGCAUAUCUUUUUUUUGUUUAAAGAACUAACAUUCUAUUGAAUCAUUGAUUUCCUUGACAGAUCAGUUUUAAACUUUAAUUAAUUAAUUUUUUAAUUUGCUUAAAUCUUAAAAUUACCACUUAAAAAUUGUGCUUUUGUGUGCAUGUUUAAAAUGUCCAAUAAAAGUGUUUACAUUAAUUAA